AUGGAGAGCAUAGAAACAGAGCCUCGAGCAGAUUGCAGCAGUGGGGUGGUGGUUGGGAGGCUGGGAAAGUGGGAUGAUGGUGGGUCCCUUUUUUGCACCCUGCUCGUCAGGGUGUUCGGGAGAGUGGGUUGGGAAUCGGUGGGGGUGGUAAGGGUAAUUAUCUACUGCCAUGUGGUUGUGGCUGUGCUUUCAGUGUGCUCCUCCAGGUUGACAUCAAGUCCAGUGCGCUCCCAAAGGGAUGGCAAAGGUCAGUUGCGCUCCCAUAGGGAUGGCUCUGGUCCGGUGCGCUCCCAAAGGGAUGGCUCUGGUCCGGUGCGCUUCCAGCGGGAUGACUCUUGUCCGGUGCGCUCCCAGAGGGAUAACUCUGGUCUGGUGCGCUCCCGAAAGGAUGGCUCUGGUCCGGUGCGCUCUCAAACCGACGGCUCUGGUCCGGUGCGCUCCCGAAAGGAUGGCUCUGGUCCGGUGCGCUCCCAAACGGAUGGCUCUGGUCCGGUGCGCUCCCAAAGGGAUGGCUCGGGUCCGGUUCGCUCCCAAAGAGAUGGCUCUGGCCCGGUGCGCUCCCAAAGGGAUGGCUCUGGUCCGGAGCACUCCCAACAGGAUGGCUCUGCACACCCCCCCGGCACCUCCCACAGCAACGCCCCUUCUGCCGCCAUCUCCCUCCUCACCUCCUCAUGCCUUUCCUCUGCUUCGUCUCCCUCCGAGUCUCCUCCCAGUCUUGCUGCUCCCCCAGACCUGUCCGUUUCCCCAUCUGCAGCUGCUGGUUGUGACGACCAGGUGAGCCGCAUGGGAAGGCACUCACAGCGGGGCGCCGGCUGCUCCAGCUCCACCGGACCUACCACCCAGGCUCGGUCGCCCUCUGGCUCGGAGGGGCCGGAGGGAGGAAAGGGAGUAACAGGGGUAGGAGGGAGUGCGGAAGGGAAACGCCUCCCCAUCACCUGGUCGCAGGAUUCGCUCCAGCUCUGCCUCGGCUGCGCUGCCCAGUGCCCACAGCUCCGCCUAAACUGCGCUACCCAUUCCUCUGCGCGCUUCUCCCCCUCGUCUCACCAUCCCAAGCGCCCACUAACCCGCCCCCCCCCCCCCUCCCUCACCUGGUCGCAGGAUUCGCUCCAGCUCAAACGGAUCGGCAUACAGCCCACGUGGCACGGGCUGCUCCAAUCGUAUUGUGGCACGUGUCCUCCCUGCCGCCCCACCGCUUCCCACGCUUUCACUUGCAGCAGUGCAGCUACUGAGCUCUGGAACCGCUCUGCACCCAUCUGUCGGCCGCUCCUUCUCUCCGCCGUCGGUUCUCCCUCCUUCCGUUUCCCCCUCAUUCCCAUUGUAACCGCGACUCCCCGUUCUCGUAACGGGCGCUUCUCCGCACGCCACGUGCGCACCGCCUGGAUGACGUGGACGGAACACAUCGGCGGGGCAUGCCACGUGGAGUGA